AAAUCAGUGUUAGCUUUGUUGAAGGAAAUUGCAGAACCAUCAAGCAACCCGGUGACUUUGAGAAGGAGUAGUGCAACAAGAACAUUGAAGUUGAUGGUAUCUGCAGGUGACAUUAGUUAAAAUGCUCCAGUUCCGGAGAGGACUUCGCACAGCUCGCAGCUCAAAGUUGAUCGAUCGUGUCAUCCGAGUGGACCAUGCGGGUGAGCUGGGAGCAAAUCAAAUCUACCGUGGACAGAUGGCAAUUCUUGGCCACACCAAGAUGGGUAAAACAAUCGCACACAUGUGGGAACAGGAGAAGGUCCACAAGCAAGAGUUCGACCGGCUAAUCAACAAGUACCGUGCGCGACCAACAGCACUGCUACCCUUCUGGAGUGUGGCCGGAUUUGUGCUUGGCGCCGGAACCGCCCUGCUUGGCGAGCGGGCCGCCAUGGCCUGUACGGUAGCGGUCGAAUCGGUAAUAGUGCAGCACUACAACGAACAGCUUUGCGCACUGCUAAACGAUCCAAACUUCAACGACAAGCAGCUGCUCGAAACGAUCCGGCGCUUCCGGGAUGAGGAACAGGAGCAUCACGAUACGGGACUGGAGCUCGGUGCCAGGCAGGCCCCAUUCUACCGUGUCCUUACGGGCGUCAUAAAGUGUGGGUGCCGAACGGCAAUCAAGAUUGCGGAAACGGUGUAGGCUUCUCGAAAUUGAUGCUCUAUUUAAGGGAUUUGAUGGUGUCUUAGCUAUAAGCAGCUAGCAGGGACAUCUUGCGAUGCCCCAUGCCCCAUGUUAUUGGUAUCGAUUUUCCCCCGGUGCAAUAAGUGCAGCACUUAAUAAGGCAAGCUUAAGAAAUGAUGUACAAGCGAAAUGGACGGGUACUGUGAAAAAUGUAAAUCGCCCUGCCAUAAACUGGUACAUGUACCCCACAACUCUAGGAAAUCGCAUCGUGAAAGUACCUAGUAAUAACCUAUUUUAUUGCACGAGAUAAUCCUCGGUUCAGGUGAUCGGGCGUAUCUAAAGCUUCAUUUCUCUACGGAUGAUC